GGGGCAGUGGGGGGGGGGGGGGCAGCGGUGCGGGGAUGGAGGAGCGGGAGCGGCUGUGGCGGCAGAUCCGGAGGCUGCAGGGUCUCAUCAACGACCAUAAGAACGCUCACGGGGAUGCUCCACGCCCUCCCUCCUUGGCACCCAGGUGGAACCAUCCCCACCAACCUGGCUACAGCAGGAGGGGAACUUUUACAUCCAGGUAUCCCCAGAGAACUUCCAGAGAUUUCCAGCUACGUCGAGGACAUUCUUGGAAGAAAAAAUAUUCCCUGGUCAAUCAACCGCCGGGAUCGGCGGUGGAUGUCGGGGGUGAUGGAAUUGCCAGCACAUCUCAGGCUUUUGGAAGCUCUGAGGACAAUCAGCCAGCAGAAUUGUCCCCAGAGAGACACGUGGACUUAACAACAGAUGGGAAUAUUGUUGUAGGGAUUCAAGUACCCCAGAGGAUUGUCCCUUUGGGAGAUCCAGAAGGUUUUGCUGAUUUGGGUUCUUCCUGUGAGUUUUCAGGGCUGGAAAGGGUGGUGGGUGCUGGUGAGAAUGUGCCCAAAUCUCUGUGCAAGGGGCAAACUGAAGAGAGAAGACCCUCCCUCUCUGUUUCAUUCAGCCCAGCUCACCGACUAGUGAGUUCACACUAUGAUCAGCCAAGAACAGUGCAUCUGACUGGGAGCUCCCCCACCUCCUCUGGAAGCAGCAGUGAAAAUGCCAUCACCUUGAAAUCAGAGCCUCAGGAGCCUUUGGAUCAGGAACCACCUCAGCACUCCCUAUGGAGGAAGGUGGAACCACCAGGACAGCCCAGUUGUGAGGAAGUUGGGGAUGUUUUCAGAGAGCCAAAGCUCUUUGGGAGCAGUGAGGUGUCUUCAAAACCUCCUCAAGCUUCCACUUUGGUGGUUGGGGUGACUCCAGCAAAGAGCAGGUUUUCUGUGGUCCCUAAAGCUGCUGGGCUCCAAAGAGCUGCCUCAACAUCCAUCUCCAGCAAAGCUCCAAAGUUCAAGAAAACUAAUUACACGUGGGUUGCAAACCCUGGUAAAUCCUCUCGUCCUGUGAAGAGAUGGGUCAGCCCCAGAGCUUCUGAAAACACCAAGAAGGUUGCUGGAGGAUUGGACAAAAGUGUUAAACUCUCACCCAAACCAGAUUUGGGAGCAAAGCUGAAGAAAUCAGGCCUGCAAUCCAAACUGGGUGUUUCUCCCAGCAAAUAUAAGUGGAAAGCUUCCAGCCUGCAGGCUUCACCUUCCACCUCCAAGUCAGCAUUCAGGUGGAGAUCUGAGGAGCAGAAAAAACCUUCAGCCUUCAACUUCCCUCGAGCUGGAACUGUCCCACCACCACCAAACACUGGAUCUGUUGGUGUCAGUGGGGGGAAGUCCUUCAGUGACCCCACAUUGUCCAGUUACAAAGUGAAGAGUCGGACAAAAAUCAUCAAGAGAAAAGGCAGCUUGAGUUCUCCAGCAGAGAAGAAGAACAACUCCUCACCCACCACACCUCUGAAAAGCCACUUCCAUCUCAGGAAGAAAAACUUGAGAGGGAAACCAUCUUCAACACCAAAACGCUCCUCACCCAAGGGGUUGGUGCAGAUCACUAAGCACAGGCUCUGCAGGUUGCCAGCCACCAGGAUGCAAGUGGCCACCAAGGAAGGAACCAACUUGCACUUCAUGAGGAGUCCCCCAGCCAACAAAGUGAUAAAGACACGUUACAGGAUAGUGAAGAAGAAUGUGGCACCUCCAGCCUUAUCCUCCUUCAGCAGCCCCAUUCCCAGCUGGAAGACAAGACGUCCCAUGACAUCCAGAUCUCCUCUGUUAAACCAACCGCGUUCAUCACUUCAGAGCUCCAAGUCCCAGCCCGUGCAGCAGAGGUGGAGGAGCAAAGGCUUUUGCUGCAUUGGUGGGGUGAUGUACCAAGUGUCAGCCAAUAAACUCUCCAAAACUUCCACCCUUGGCCGGGCUAAAGAGCUGAGCACCAAGAGUCCUGGCAGAGCAGCAAGGUUGCUUUGUACACCCAGCCCUGGUCCUUCUCCAUCCAGCUACCUGAACAGAUCAGCCACGAGCCGAUACAUCGCCAGCCGUGCUGUUCAGAGGAGCUUGGCCAUCAUUCGUCAAGCCAAGCAGAAGAAAAAGAAGAAGGAAUAUUGCAUGUACUACAACCGCUUCGGGAAAUGUAACCGGGGGGAGAGCUGUCCCUACAUCCAUGAUCCAGAGAAGGUGGCUGUCUGCACCAGGUUUCUCCGUGGCACGUGCAAGAAGACAGAUGGGACCUGCUCAUUUUCCCACAAAGUCUCCAAAGACAAGAUGCCAGUGUGCUCCUACUUCUUGAAAGGGAUCUGCAACAACAGCAACUGUCCCUACAGCCAUGUCUAUGUGUCCAGAAAGGCAGAAGUGUGCCAGGAUUUCCUCAAAGGCUACUGCCCCAUGGGAGAAAAGUGCAAGAAGAAGCACACAUUGGUUUGCCCUGACUUUGCUAAGAAAGGUGUUUGCCCCAGGGGUGCCCAGUGCAAGCUCCUGCACCCCCAGAAGAAACGUCACCCCAGAGAGACAGAAGAUGGGGACAGGAACAAUCCCCCCUCCAAGUGGAGAAGGGUCAGGGAGGAGCCAGUCAGGAAUGAUCCAGCUCAGCUCCACAGUGAUGGAGAAAUGCCUGGACCUUCCAACGUGGAGCAAGAGGUGAAGUUUUGGAAAGAGGCACACACCUCACCAACCAGCUGCCUGCAAAAGCUCCCAUCCUUCAUCUCCCUCCAGUCCUUCACAUCCCCUGGUGACCUGGACAUCAAAGUGGAGAAGGAUGAGGAGGAGUCAGAGGAUGAAUCAGGCAGUGCCAAGCGGAUGAGGACUUUGCCACCAGCAUCCUCACGGGACCCCAAAAACUCCCAGCUGGAGGAGGGCAGCAGAGGCAAACAGCUGCAGAUCAAACCCCGACUGUGAGCAAGACCCAACCCAAGCAGCUCAGGAACCUCAGAACCAGGCAUGACCUGGCACCUACCUCAAGACACCCCCCCUUGCUGACCUUGGUUUUUUUUUUUCUGGGACAUCAUUUUGGCAAGAAGCUGGGUGACAGCGUGGGGAAGGGCCACUAAUUCCACUGCAAGGAAGUGGCUUUGUUUGAAAUGUUUUCUUUUGCCAAUAAAUUAUCUUUUCAACCAUA